GAGCUGGCAGCACUCUCACUCGCUCGUCUCUUCCCUGGCUCCUAUGCGCGCGUGACGGCUUGGCUCGCCCUUGACCUUUUGGAUGCAUGCCGGUGACAACUGGCGACGAGCAUCGCCAUUGGCAGCAUCAGUUCUGCCUCAUCCAGCAACUGUUUUCUUAUAGUACAGUAUCUCCAGCAGGCACCGCAGCAUCCCCUACCCUAGCUAGAUCGGCCAGCUUGGUUGGAGAGUUAAAAACAAGUGCCGACAUGGCGCACCUUCUGUGUUUAAAGUUCCACUUCCACCGAGCACUGACCACCCACUGAGCCCGUGAAUUCGCCGGCCGGGCCCUAGCUAGCUAUUAGUCUACUAUAUAAGUGGAGAUGCCUUCCACCGUGUAGCACGCAACCAGACAGCACCAGCAGUCUGCGCGCACUCCGCAGUCGGUCGUGGAGCUCUCGAGCAAAAGCGCGCGACAUCGUCGGAGCUAGCUACGCGUGCGCGCUCCGGCCGGCGGAUCGGAUCGGAUGGCGUCGUCCAAGGCGCUCCUCCUGUUGGCUGCCGCCGCCGUCGCUGCGGCGUGCCUGGUCGGCGCCGCGGACGCCAAGUUCGGCCGGCUGGGACGGCUCGUCAUCACCGGCGUCGUGCCCUGCAACACCGGCAGCCUCAUCGACAUCGCCAGCUCCCCCGCCUUCCCGAACGCGGACGUGGAGCUGCGGUGCGCGGGCAGGGUGGUGGCGGGCGCGACGACCAACACCAACGGCACCUUCUCCAUGGAGCUGGACAUGACCAACGCGCUGGCCGCGUUCAUCGGCGGCUGCACGCUGGUGGUGGACACGCCGCUCGUCAAGUGCAACGCCGACCUCACCGACGUCGGCAGCCUCGUCUCCUACCUGCAGGGCCCGCUCACGCGCCUGCUCGGCGGCAUCUUCCACCUCUUCCCCGCCGGCUUCUCCUUCCACGUCCGACGAGCCUGACGUCGUAUCUAGCUAGAGCUUUGUACGUACGUACUACUGGACAACACAAUCAAACUUUAAACAUGCUGCUGAGAGCUAUAUAUAUAUAUAUAGCUACAACUACAAAUGUAAAAUGUUUCUAGACAUGUGUAAUGCUACGUACAAACUGAAACGAAGUUGAACCAAAAUAAACAGUUGGGAGGCACAGUACGU